GUGUGUAUGUGUGCGCGUGUUUAAUAUUUAUGCAGGUGCAACCCAACCGGCACAAAACGUACUUGGCAGCAACUGAAGAUUAAAUAUAAAAAUAUACUUCAAACAGGUAAGGUAUAACUUCAUUACAAGCAAUUGUUAUGUUGUCUAGCCUACCCUACCUAAUUAAACCGCAUUCAGUGGCUACAUUCAACAUGUGAUAUAUUUAAGUAGUUAGUGAAAUUUUCUAAGCAAAAAAAAAAGUAAAUUUUUCAGCCAUCCCAACACUGCCAGUAUUUAAUAUUGUCUAUUUGAAAGUAACACCUAAAUGCCUUUAUACAUACAAGUCUCCAAAUUUGUGCUUACUGGACAUGUUCAAAUUUGACCUCCAUAGCCAAUAGAAAAAAGGCUGAGGGCCGAAAAACAGGUGGGGGUCCACCACCACCACCACUCACAGAGGCUGAAGAGAUGGCCCUCAGUCAAAACAGUGGGCGACCUAUUGCUGAAGGCAUCUCUGGAGGAAGCUCAUCUGACCCAACCACCCCCCAGGACACAAGGGCCUACAUAAGAGGAUAGGUUUUCCUGAUCCGGCCCCCUGUGGUUACAAAUGCAUUUACCGCGGAUCUUUGAGAGUAUAAAGCCCACUGCACAGUGCUAUGCAUACACUUCUGGAAAAGGACGAUUCCUCUCAAGAACCAUAUCCCGUAAAGACCCACUUCAACUAUAAAUGGACGGAGAAUCAACCCGCAACAAUGAAGUUCUAAAUGAUAUCCAGGAGCUUAUAGAAGAACAUUUAAUUUCACACCAGGAGGAAGUAAUUGAACAGCCUCCUACGAUCGUUCCCCUCUCACCUACGUUGGUACCGCUGUCCCCCACAUGGUUUUUGGAGAAUCAAAAUGAAGCUGACUACCUUGAAGAUUCUGAACAAUUGGAACAGUACUUCAUGACAUCUUUCAGCAACCUAGCGUCAGACUCUGAAUUGUCUAAAAAAGAUCCUGAAAAACCCGAAAGGAAAGAUGUUGCCAGUACAUCGGAGGGCCUAGUUAUACAUGUGAAGACCCCCUUAGAUCCUCCCAAUAAACAUCAAAAAUCUGAAAAAAGACCUCUCAAAAAACGGCCCACUAGACGUACACUUCUUGUGGAAAGCGAAUCUUCCGAGGACGAAACAUCCUUCAGCAGAGACCCAGAGUCUAAAAGGCUGCGUAAAAUUUCCGGAAGGUUUCAUACUUCGCUACAAUCAAGAGCCACCCCUACGCUCUCCAAAGUACCACAAAGGCUAAAACCUACGCUUCCCUCAACUUCAACUACUACUAGGUAUCACAGCGUUGAGCUAUUGAAACAUGUACAGCUGACUAUAGAUCAGAUCAUUUACAGACACCCAGCUAUAAGGGCCCUUGUUUCCGACCCAGAAGUGGCUCAGAAUAUACAAACAUUAAUUACCCUAUUGAAAACGUUGGGUUUCUUAAAACAGUAGCAGUGUAUUUAUAGAGCUACAAUGGAACCACAUCGCAAAAAAACUUGUAAAAGGAAACACAUUGAAAUUACUGUUGAUGAUUCUGACAAUGAUGAUGCUGUGAAUGGUGUUCAAAAAAAUAAAAAGGUUUCAAUUGAUCCGAGUCAAACUGUGUCAAAUUCUGUGGUUAAUUCUAUAAUCGUCCCCCAAAAUACCUUAAAUUCUGAUCCCUCAACAAGUUCCCAUACACAUAGUAUGUCUACACCCCACAAUGUCAGACCACACACUGUUCACCCCCAAAAUUUAGCCUGUUUUGAGAAUUUUGACUAUCUAGACAAACUAUUAAAUGAUUUAAAUUAUAACGCGUAUAUUUUACCGUCAAUCAGGGCGCUGAUUGAUGAAAUUUCUACAGAUAUUCCCCCAAUAAAUGACAACUCCACUAAUAUAGACAACAAUAACUCCCAGGGCCCUGGGUUUAUUAAUGAUGCUAAAUUGACUCGGAUCAAUUUUGACUCUUUGGAUAAGCUUUUGCAUGAAAUGUCUAGAGAAAAUCAUGGUACUAUAGAGAGUGUAGAUGAUAUGGAAAAACAAAUAGGGGGAGGCUUAAACGAUGGGACUUACCAUGAUGAUUCUUUUAGCAUAAAAGUCCCUGGGGGUGGUGUAUUACAUGAUGAUCAAGUGGCAGGUCCUUCUGGUUUACAGGCCCCCCAUAGGGAUAACGACGGUGCUAGAAUUGGUGGGGAAGGUGUACAGCGUAGACAUCGACCUAUGUUUAACAAUUUCGAAUUGAAGCAUCCUCUUAACUUUACACAUCUAUAUGAUCUGGAUUCCUACGCUGAAGUUUUUACUGUGCUGCAUGAAACGUUAGAGAAUAUGUUGAGUGAGGUUUCUAGAACGUUAAGACCAGCAGACAUUGUGCAACUUGAAUUACAAGCAGGAUCCUUAGAUAUACCAGUGUAUGUAAAAAUGACUGGAGACAAUUUAAGUCUAGACGAUUUUCUCAGUCAGAUUGAAGCUCUCCUUCAGUCAUAGUGAAAUUUUGGCUGAUGACUCUUUGAUGUUGAUUGUCCAGGUUAUUAGGUGUCCGGAAGGAGGGGGUCUUAGGAGAGGUUUGCAGACCUUAAUGAAAAGUGAGCUUAUUAGAAAAAAAGCCAAGCAUCUGAUUAUAUGUUACAACAGAGACAAUCAAUUAUGUUUUGCCUACAGCGUUCUGAGCUUGUUAUUUCCAGAAUUCAGGGGUGCCUAUGAUACGUGUAUGGCUGAGGCUUUAAAACUUCAACAGAGUGUGGGAUUAAGUGAACAUCAAAUGGUUUCGUUUGCAGACAUAGAUAAAUUUGAACAGGCCUUAGAUGUUAAAAUUGUGGUAUGGUACAGAUGUCCUCAAAAGGAUGUGUUCCUGAAUCACCAAACAGAUACUCGAGCAAAAAACAAAACUGUAUUUCUGUUUCUUCAUGAGAAUCAUUUCUAUGGUAUUGUUAACUUGAAAGGUUUUCUGGGUGCUGCCUAUCUGUGUAAUUACUGUUACACCGCCUACAGUAAUCGAUCAGGCCAUCGGUGUGAGGGACACUGUAAUGUGUGUUUUUCACCAGCCUGUAACAGUGAGUCCUCUGUAAAGGUAAAAUGUAACGAUUGCAAUCGUUAUUGUCGAUCACAGCUCUGUUAUGACGAGCAUAAGAUUCUCCGAGAUAAAGCCAACAGUGAAAAACAGGUUUCUAUGUGUGACAUUUUAAAACUUUGUACAAGGUGCUAUUCUCUCUAUAAAUGUGACCCGACAAAGCCACAGACUCAUAAAUGUCUUAGUCCUUACUGUAAGCAAUGUAAAGCAGUGUUGCUACCUCACACUGAUCAUAAAUGCUUCAUUCAAAUGCUUAAACCUAAGGAACCCACAGACAAAUAUGUGUUUUAUGAUUUUGAAUGUCGGCAGGAAGCUGGCGUGCACAUUCCUAAUUAUUUGUAUUGCAUGCACAUGGAUGGUGAAUCAUGGUUUUGGGAGGGCGAGGAAUGUGUGAAAAAGUUUUUUGAAAGGUAUCGCAGACCUUGUUAUGCCGGCUAUACUUUCUUGGCACACAAUGCAAAGUCUUAUCACAGUUAUUUACUGAUGAAUUAUUUAGUAACCAACGGUAUUAACCCACAUAUCAUAGCUCAGGGUAGCAAGUUGAUGUGUUUUACAGACAAGGCUUUUAAGAUGCAUUACAUUGAUUCCUUUAACUUUUUGCCCAUGAAGUUAAGUGCCCUGCCUGCAGCUAUGGGAUUUGAAGCCAAAAAAGGAUAUUUUCCUCAUUUUUUCAAUACUGCUGAAAACCAGAAUUACGUAGGCCCCUAUCCUGAACCAUGUUACUACGGGGUUCAGCAAAUGAUGUCUAAAGAUCGUGAUGCCUUUUACAAAUGGUAUGAUUCGAUUAAGAAUGGUGUUUUUAAUUUCAGAGACGAAAUGGCGUUCUACUGCAAAAAUGAUGUUGAAAUUUUGAAAGAGGCAUGUAUCAAAUUCCGUACCGAGGUUUAUGCAAUAGGGCAGAUAGAACCCUUCCAAUGUACCACCAUUGCUUCACUGUGCAUGGCUAUGUAUAGAAGUAAAUUCAUGCCUCAAGACACAAUAGCGACCAUUCCUCCCGACAAUUACCGUGAGCAGCAAAAAAGCUUUUCAAAUGCCUCGAUACAAUGGUUAAUGUAUGUAGCAGAAACUGAAAAUGUUUUCAUUCAACAUGCUUUAAACUACGGAGAGCUUAAAAUGGACGGUUAUGCUGUGAUUAAUGGUAAGCGUACGGCUUUUGAAUCUGCAGGGUGUUUUUUUCAUGGUUGUCCCUUGUGCUAUGAUUCGGCCGAUGUAAACCCCUUAAGCAAAGUAUCGUGUGGUACGAUGUGUCAUCACUUUGAUGAAAAGAUUGAAACAUUGCAAAAGGUUUACGGGUUGGAAGUCAGAGUUAUUUGGGAACAUGAAUGGAACACACUGAAAAAACAGCCUAAAGUUCACGAUUUUCUGGUUCGUUCUGAUUUUCCAGAACGUAUAAAUCCUCGUGAGGCUCUGUUUGGGGGUCGUACAAAUGCCAUUACAUUACAUCAUGUGGCCCAGGAAAAUGAAAGGGUGGAAUACUUUGAUUUCACUAGCUUGUAUCCGUUUGUUAACAAAACAAAAGUGUACCCCGUAGACCAUCCUGCCAUAAUUUACCAUAAUUUAAGACUUGAGCCAGUACUUUGGAUUGUUCAAAUUAACUGUUCUGCCUCCUAGGGGUCUUUAUUUCCCUGUACUGCCAGCCCGCAUCUGUGGUAAAUUAAUGUUUACCCUCUGCCGCUCAUGCGCGGAAACACUAAACCAGACUGGGGUAUGUAAUCAUACCUCUGGAGAAAGAGCCUUGACAGGGACAUGGUGCAGUGUAGAGGUAGUCAAAGCUCUUGAGAAAGGUUACAAAGUGUCUAAAAUACAUGAAGUUUGGCAUUUUCCUCAGAAAUCUGACACUCUCUUUACAGGUUACAUUAAUAGUCAUCUCAAGGGGAAACAGGAAAGUUCAGGUUACCCUGCUCAUUGUACCGAUGAGGAGCGUAAAGAGCGUUAUAUUGCUGAAUAUUUUCAGAAAGAGGGGGUUCAAUUAGAUCCUCAAAACAUUAAUGUUAAUCCAGCUAAAAGACAAAUCUCCAAACUAUGCCUCAAUAGUUUGUGGGGAAAACUAGCCCAGAGAACUAACCAGCUCUCUACAAGCUUGGUAAAGGAUCCUGACCAGUUUUUCCAUUAUCUCUUUUCAAAAAGAUAUCAGGUUUCGCAUUUUUGUUUUGUAAGUGAUACGGUGGCUCAGGUUCAGUGGCGUUACGCUUCUGAUACCUAUACUCCCACAGGUAAUGUAAACGUAUUCAUAGCGGCAUUUACAACCGCUUACGCCCGGCUAGAGCUCUAUAACCUCUUGGAUCGUCUGCAGGGUCGCUGUCUGUAUCAUGAUACGGACUCUGUAAUCUUUGUCAGCAGGCCCCAGACUUGGCGUCCAGAACUAGGCGAUUAUCUUGGUGAUUUAACUAGCGAGUUAAAGCCGGGGGAAUACAUUACAGAGUUUGUGUCAGGGGGCCCUAAAACAUAUGGAUACGUCACAAACAAUGGAAAAACAUGUCUCAAAGUAAAGGGGAUUACCCUAAACUAUGAGAAUUCCAAAUUAAUUAACCUCGCUUCAUUAAAAGACCUUGUACAAAACUUUGUGAAUCAUGAUAGAAACACCCCCUCGGAGCAUAUCAUGAUUCGUGGCUCCCAGAUUCACCGUAAUAAAAAAGAAUUUCAAUUGGAAAACAAACCACUCCAGAAAACCUUUCAAAUAGUCUACAAUAAGCGAGUCUUGCGGUCUGAUUUUACAUCUCUUCCUUAUGGAUACUGAAGAUGGUUUUGAUAUUAGACUAUCCGUACCUUUUGCAGCUAUAAUAUCGGGCCCCUCCAAUUCAGGCAAAAGUUAUUUUGUGAAGCAGCUUUUAGAAAACUCUCAACAGAUCUUUUCCCAAACCCCUGAGAAUAUCAUUUGGUGUUAUAGCUGCUGGCAGGCACUAUACAAUGAAUUGGCACUUAAAUUUAAAAAUAUCAAAUUUAUUGAAGGCAUACCAGAUUCAUUAACCGAUGAUAAUUUAAUGCCUCCUAACAAAAUCAAUUUACUCAUUGUAGAUGACUUGAUGGACGCAGCUAUCGAAAAUGAUGAAAUACAGAAAGCUUUUACAAAAUACGUUCAUCAUAGGAAUUUAUGCAUGCUGUAUUUGGUUCAAAAUUUGUUUUUUCAAGGAAAAAUGAGUCGUACCAUAAACUUGAAUGCCAAUUACAUUAUUCUGUUUAAAAACCCUCGAGAUAAACUUCAAAUCAACACACUAGCCCGUCAGAUGUACCCCGGUAACUCCAAGUUUUUCUUAGAAGCGUUUGAAGAUGCGACAAAAAAACCCUAUGGUUAUCUUUUAAUAGACUUGAAGGCACUAACCCCCGAAGCAUACCGUCUAAGAACUGGUUUAUUUACUCCUGAUUGGCCAGUUGCUUAUAUCAUGAGAAAUACCAAGACAAAACACUUAUAAGCGGCCGGUUAUUGCGCUAAAACUUUUAUUUAUCUAGGCUUUGCAACAGCGCAGCAUGUCGGCUAGAAUAAAACGUAAGCUCCAUCUCUUAAAGAGCAUAGUUCAUAGCUCUGCUCAUCAGAGAAGAGCAAUUUUACGAAACGCUUCAGACGAUUUUAUCAAAUCUAUUGUGGAAAUUGCCUUAAAUGCCUUAAAGGGUCACAUCCCCUUAACUUCGAGUCAGUUAAACACUCUCAAAAAGCAGCGGCGGGUUAUAAAGAGCCUAUGCAAUAAGAACCAUUCAAUUAAAAAGAAGAAAAAAACUGUGAAUCAGAGUGGUGGUUUUAUUGGCGCUUUAAUAAGGAUUGCAUUGCCUUUUUUAUCAGGACUCUUAACGCCUCAAAGUUAAUUUGUAAAAAAUGACUCACUCCCAGAAAAUGUUUCUGAUACCACAACAUCAACUCGAUAGACUUCGACAGCCUGAGCCCCAGCACCCCGAGCCUAUUAAAAAAGCAGUUGAAAGCCAACUUGACUGAAAUGAAAAGCAUUCUACUUAGAACUGACAUCAGUGACCAUGAGAAAGUUAAGCUAUACACCAGCUCCUUACAGAGAUAUCUAACCUUGCUUAAACAGAGUGAAAAAGAGUUUAAUACCCUGACAUUAAUUACACCCCCCUCUGAGGAAACGGCCCAACCGGCAGCAGAAUCUGAAUCUAAGAUAGUGACUGCUGUUAUGAGUAGCGUUCCCUCCAGAUCUAAGAAAAAUGCUAAUUUUAUUUUAAAUGCUAUGUCUCAGAAUGCUUUGGUUACCUCAUGGAAUGAUCAAGGGGAAUUCAUUCUUAGGGGCAAGAACAUUAGAGGGUCGCAUAUGGUUGAUUUAAUCAGGGCUGCAACGGGGCAUACCCAUAUCCCUGUACAUAGGUUACCUGUAGGAUGGGCCGAAUUCAUCAAAGGUUUGUCUGUAAUAAAUGUCCCCUAUUCUACAGUACCUAAUUCUCAAACACGACAACUCAUAGAAGCUUAUAAAAAACGACCCUUAGAGACCCAUAUGCAUAAGAAGCAGAAAAAAAGGCAGCAGUUAUGGGAAACUUAUUAAGAUGUUACUGUUUUUAUUGAGUUUACAUAUCUUUACAUUUUGUUGUAUAUUCAUGCAAAUGCUGUGUAAACAUUGUCUGAUACAUUUUGUUGUAUAUUCAUGCAAAUGUUAUAUAAACAAUGUCUGAUAUAUAUGUAUAUAUAUAUAUAUAUAUGUCUUUACAGCAAUAAAAAUAUUUAU